CUUUGAGAACACCAUUCGUAAUUCAACUCGAGACCCGCAUCACGAAAUGGCCACAUUUCUGUGUCGAAACUGUGCUUCUUUUUUUGGUAAAGGAGGCUUGAAGCAUAAAGUUCUGAAUUGUUUUCCGAACUUACUUGGAGAUAUUUCACCGAUGUAUAUUCCAUGCGUAGGAUAUGCAAAGAAAGCAGCCAAAGGAGGUGCCAAGGGUGCUAAAGCCGAGCGUCUGUAUGACAUCCUUGAAGUGAACACGGACCCAAAGUACCUUGCCACUCAUUGUGCAGGCUCAAACUUCUUGAAGGAAGGCACAGAUGUCCAACUGAAAGCAGAUGAGGAAUACCCAGACUGGUUGUGGUCUUUGAACACUGGAAAGUCCAAGCCUCUGGAUGAAUUGGAUCAAGAUACCCCACAGUAUUGGAGGAGGUUGAGGAAGAUGCAUAUGAAAAGGAACAAUAGACUUGCCAAAGGAAAGAAGUUCUAGGACCUUGUCACCUUCUGUGCCCUUUGUUUCAAGACUUUGUUACUGAAUUACUGAUCCAUGAUGUACGAAAGGCUCUCUUAUCAUCGACAAUGAUUGGGAAAGUUGCAAAGGUGUGUGGAGUACCAGGCCAGUCACAGUGGGUCUUUCAAAAACUUCUAAAGUUUGACCCUCCUUCUCUCCAACUUUGGAGGAUACAUAAUGUUCAUCUUAACUUAGAUUCAUAGACUGACUCAUAAAGGUGGAUUUGUUUGUCUCCCCCUGUAGGAUUUUGAUUGUAAAUUUUAUGUAGUCAGCGAGCAUAGAUGAUGAAGAAUCAGGGUCAAAUGAUUU